AUGAUACGCAUUUGCCUUCUCCUUUUUGCUCUGGCUGUAUGUGCGGUACCUAUCAAGGACACCGCAGCACAGACCUUGGACUUCUGCGGUCAGCCGGAUAAGAGUAACUAUACACUCAUCCAAAAUCCUUUCCUUGGCGACUUGGACAUUGGUCAACCAGGUAUCACCCUUGAAACUGCUUAUGGUGACGGAACUCCGCGCUGGUUCAUGGUGUAUCAAAACGGAAUGGACGUGAAGCCGUAUCGCGCGAUGAAGGUACAAUGUCCACCCAUGGUUUACGUACAAGGUAGGCCAUUGACUAACGGUAUGCAGGUUUCUUCCAACACAACUGUAUUUGUUGACUUGACAACAUGGUGUCCAACAUUCUCCGGAAGACUCGUCCGCGGUAACUAUAACGAUUUUGAUGGCGGCGCACACAAUCUAGGCACAUGGGCAGAGGUGAACUGGCAGAGCUAUCCACUGGUGUAUGGUGGGGUGUCUGUCAUUGAAGGCAACGACGGGCCCAUUCUCUUACAAUCAGAAGAUCCCAACACCCCUUCCAGGGGCUUCACUGAAGAUAUUAUUCCUCGAGCCCCAAAAGAAUGCAGGGUGAAAAAGGACAGCGGAGGCAUGGCACUGAAACCAACCGACAAGGAUGGAUACGACGAAGUAACGAGGAAAUUCACGAAACGACAAUUGGACAACCACAAGGUAUCUAUCGACAAGACCUACAUUGCGACGGUCAUGUCCCACAACGGAAGGUUCAAGAUUGUUUUUCUCCACGGGAACCAUUAGAUAGAGCAGCCCUGACAUAUGAGUUCAGGCCGUUGUGUCGUUACUUGGAGCUUCAGGAGGGAGUUAUCUUUGAUGGUUUAAUGUGUGUCUGGAAUUAUAGAAGACAUGUUGUAAUUUCUAGGCUCUUCUAAAGGAGAAGUAGUCGAGAUGGUUGAAGCGGGCUAACUUUACCUCAUAUGGCAGCUAAAAAGAGAGCACCGAGAUCGAUGCGAUUCACCCCAC